CGGGGUUUAACGCAAAGGGGCGGGACCGAGCCGCAUUGAAAGAGCUGCUCAGCAGAGAACACCGUUUUUUCUUCCCUGCUCGACGAGAGAGUUCGAGGUUUACGUGCGGCUGCAGCGCGCAAACGCUCGCCUAUCGCUUCUCCUGUCUUGACACAAGUCCCGGAGCUCCUGUCGCGAGCUGUACGCGUGUUCGCUGUGUUGCCGUGCGUAUUUUUUUUCACCCGGAUAACUCCUCCGGCAGAAGAAAAGUGCGGUGUGUAUGGUUUUAAGGGGAGCUGCCGACAUGUCUCGAACCGACGAGGUGCAGCGUAUGACGGAGAAUGUCUAUAAGACCAUCAUGGAGCAGUUCAACCCCUGCCUGCGGAACUUUGUUGCCAUGGGAAAGAACUACGAGAAGGCCCUCUCCAGUGUGACAUUUGCAGCCAAGGGCUACUUUGAUGCCCUGGUGCGAAUGGGCGAGCUGGCCAGCGAGAGUCAAGGGUCGAAGGAUCUCGGGGAUGUUCUCUUUCAAAUGGCUGAGGUUCAUCGACAGAUUCAAGUUCAGCUGGAAGAAAUGCUGAAGUCCUUCCACAAUGAGCUGCUGACGGAGUUGGAGAAGAAAGUGGAGCUAGACGCUCGAUAUCUCAACGCAGCACUGAAGAAGUACCAGAUGGAGCACAAGAGCAAAGGGGAGAGUCUGGAGAAGUGCCAGGCAGAGCUGAAGAAGCUUCGUAGGAAGAGCCAGGGCAGCAAGAACCCCUCCAAGUACAACGACAAGGAGAUGCAGUACGUGGAGACCAUCAGCAGCAAGCAGAGCGACCUGGACGGCUACAUUGCCGAAGGCUACAAAACGGCGCUGUCAGAGGAGCGGAGGAGGUACUGCUUUCUCGUCGACCGCCAGUGCGCCGUGGCCAAGCACAACAACGCCUACCAUGGCAAGGGGAAAGACCUUCUGACCCAGAAGAUCCCAGUGUGGCAACAGGCCUGCUCCGACCCCAAUAAGCUUCCAGACAGAGCCAUGAUCCUGGCCCAACAGAUGACGGCCAGCGGGGGGCUCCUCUCCAGCCCCCUGCACUCUUCAAAGAGCAACUUGGUCAUCUCGGAUCCCAUCCCCGGGGCCCAGCCGUUGCCGGUGCCGCCCGAGUUGGCAGCCUUCAUGGGUAGUGGACAGAGGAUGCUGGGAGCGGAUGGGAUGUCCUUGAUGAACGGCACGACGGGGGUUCACGGAGACGACUACCCCCACUGGGCCGACGUGCCAGUGGCCCAGGUCCGGCCGUCUUCUCCGCAGCCCCAGGUGCAGUCUCAGAGGCAGGUCAGCGACGUCUACUCGAACACCCUGCCCGUCCGCAAGCCAGCACCCGCCAAGAACAAGGCCUCCGUUGCAGGUGAGACCCGGACCCUACCCAGGUCCAGCUCCAUGGCGGCGGGGCUGGAACGCAACGGACGCACCCGCGUGCAGGCCAUCUUCUCCCACGCCGCUGGCGACAACCGCACCCUGCUCAGCUUCACCGAAGGUGACAUAAUCACGCUGCUGGUGCCAGAGGCGCGAGAUGGCUGGCACUAUGGCGAGAACGAGAAGAACAAGAUGCGUGGAUGGUUUCCCUUCUCCUACACACGUGUGCUGCCAGACAGCGAGAGUGACAAGCUGAGAGUCAACCUUCACCACGGGAAGAGCAGCAGCACGGGGAACCUGCUGGAGAGGGAGGACGUGGGUUUCCCGGCCGCCGACUACGGCCUGACGCCCCGCAUGCUGGCCCAGAACCUGGCGCACAGCAGACCCCGCCCCUACAGCGUGGCGUUGCCGGGCUUCUCGCAGCCUGGUCUUGAAACCUAUGAUGACCGCUUUCCUACAAGCAACCGGACACUCUCGGAGGUCUCUUCCCAGCCAGCCACCGCGGAUGACCAGUCUGCUUCAAGCAAGUAGCCGGGCGCAUCCGAAGCGGCCGGCCGGCCUUGAACACCUGGGUUCCUCUCCUGGGUGGCACCUGCUCCCCAUUACCUUCUCGAUGUUCGAUGCGUGAUCUCAAUAGCGCUCUAUGUAGGCCUCUCGAGAACUCCGUUUAAUCUCUCCUCCUUCUGUUUGCUUGUGGUAGCUGCUGUGUAUCUGGUAGCGAUAACGGUAACGGUGGUAGACUUUUUCCUUCUGCGCGGCCUCGUUCGAGACCUUACGGCCGUGGACCUCGUGGCACUGAGCUCGCAGAAAGGCGGGUUUCGCAUCAUCUGCGCAUCCCUGAGUACAGCUAGUCUCUGGUGACCUGUUACCCCUGAGCCCAGUCCUCCAAAGGGGCCAGUGUGCGCGGUUUUUGAUUCGCUGUGAAUAGGCAAACGAAAGCUUUGAAUCUGUAUUAUGUCAUUUUGUCCCCCCCC